AUGGUGCGGUGUUUGGUGAAAGGAGAGAUUGGAGGUGCUGGUUUGGAUGUGUUUGAGGAUGAGCCUGAAGUUCCUGAAGAGCUCUUUGCAUUGGACAAUGUUGUACUGUCGCCACAUUAUGCUACCUACACACCAGAAUGUUUCAUGGCUUUGUGCGAACUAGUAGCAGGGAAUUUCGAAGCAUUCUUCUCAAAUAAACCGUUGCUUUCACCGGCUGUGGAUAAUUAA